GCAUCCUCCAUCAGGCGACUGUCCGGCCUUAGACGCUCGGUGUCAGUGUCUGCUCUCUCUCACUCUCUCAUCCAGCAACGAUCAUCAUGCCUUCAAACAGCGCUGCCAGCAUGUUUGGUGGAGCCGGGGGAAGGGGUGCCAAGGCGUCCGUGUCGACCCUGGAUGGACUGCGCAAAGUGCUGGGCAACCAGACAGAAAAAGAUUCGGCUCCCAUCCACAAAGCUGCUGCCAAGCCCGUAGCCUCCCAGGCUCCGAGCGCCCCGGAAACUCUCGUCGCUCCCGGUGACGACAAGCAGACACUGCGGACCCUGAACAAUCGGCUGUCCGGCUACCUGAACAGAGUGAAGCAGCUUCAGGAGGAGAACAACGAUCUGCACAAAGAGAUCGACGACAUCCUGGCCAAGAGGAAAGUACCCGAGGGGCGUGAUUGGGAUGAAAUCCUGCAACCCCUGGAUAACCUCAAAAGGGAGAUCAAAGACAUCACAGAUGACAAUGCAAAGCUGCUGCUGCAGAUUGAUAACAGCAAACUGGCAAAUGAAGACUUCAAGAACAAGCUGGAUGAUGAGAAUAAGGCAUGCAAAGAAUUAGAAAAGGACCUGGAGAAUCUGAAGAGGGCCAAAGAUGAUACCAAACUGACCUGCGACCAGACGAGGGAAGAGAUCAAAAUGGUUAAUGAUGAGCUUGAGCGUCUCAAGAGUGAACACAAGAAAGAGGUUGAUUCUCUGCUUGAGAAGAUCAAGGACUCAGAUGUGACGGUGGAGAUUAAGUCCCAGGACAACAACCUGAGUGAUGUUAUCCAGAGUGUCCGCAGACAUUAUGACAAAGUGGCUGAGAAGAACCUGAAGGAGGCAGAAGAAUGGUACAAAGAGAAGUUUGAAACCAUCAAGGUGGAAGAGGCCCAGAACAAUGAGGCCUUGGAGUCUGGAAAGAGUGAGCUCAAAGAUCUCCAGAAGCAGAUGCAAACUUUGAAAAUUCAGAUUGAGACUAAGAACAACAAGCUGCGCACUGUGGAGCAAACCCUGAGAAACAUCAAAAUGGAGUAUGGUCAUCGCCUGGAGCCAUCCAACAAGAUCGUUCUUGGGCUGGAGCAGGACCUCAGAGACGUGAGGGAGCAGGUGGAGCUGCAGCUAGACGCCAACAAAAACCUGCUGUCUGUCAAGCUGAAGCUGGAGAAGGAACUCGAACAGUACCAAGAACUUCUUUCUCGCUUAUUUAAUGAUGUUGAAAGCGCAGAGUUUGCUUUAACGGAUGCAAUACCGCAAGAGCCACGAACUAAAGAAGAUGACGUUCCGGAACAGGGUGAAACAAUAAAACAAGAAGUACUUGCAAAACAAGAAAGCGCUCCCUCUAAUCAAUCAGCCCCCCCAGAAGCUCCUGAAGUGGAGGAGGAACCCCCCAUCCAGGCUGACAUGGAUGCUACUAGCAAGGAAGAGGCUGCAGUCAGCAGCUCUGCUAAAAAGAAGAAAUCUAAAAAGUCCAAGAAGUCCAAAACUAAGAAGGAUUCCUCCUCUUCCUCUUCUUCCUCCUCUUCUUCUUCCUCCUCCUCCUCCUCUUCUUCCUCCUCUGAUUCCGAAAAGGAAGAAGAAAAGCCCGUAACUGAGGGUGAAGCGGUGACAGCUUGAUCUGUAACGCUUUCUUCUUUUUUCAGUUCGGUUAUUUUCUUCUGUUCAGCAAAUUAAAACUGCCUUCUGUACUGUUGCUGUCAAACCUGCAAAGUUACUCUGAGGUGCUGUUGUUGUUUAUGUUCUCAGCUGUGCAUGAAAUAAAAACGUGGU